AUGAUACUUACUUGUUUUAACCCAGGAGCUUUACGACCAGCGCAGGAUGCUACCAUGGUCAUGGGAACUGAUAGAAGGAUUACCAGUUCAAAAUGUUUCUAUGAACUACAAUCUGGAAAAAAGCUGAAGAACACGUAUUUUGAUUCGCUCCUGGUGUCCGGCCCAAUGGUCAACACUUUUGGUUUAUUUCUUAUGAAAAACAAAGGCAUCUUCGUGGAUUACAACACAACAACAUUGGCGGAAUUACUUUCAACUUUGAAGCUCUUCACACCGGCUGUCCCCAAAGUUGUAAACUCCGACUUCCUAUCUGACAGGAUGGAGACAUACGCAUCACUUUUCGGGUUACUGAAUCAAGAAGAAAGUCUUUUCGUGAACAUUGGGAGGACAGACGAUUCGUCUGCCACGACAGACAAAUCACCUACUCAACUACUGAAUACCCGGAAUCUACGGCGACUCUCAGCUCCGCCGGGUGUUGACCAGACAGACAACGCCAUUUCAAUAUGCAGCGCGUCACAGCCUUGCAUCAAACCUAGACAGCGCGAGUCAGCGUUGAUCAAGGACAGACAACGCCUCCGCAAUAUGCAGCACGUCGCUGCUUCGUACAAAACCAGACCGCGUGCGUCAGCAUUGGAGGUGUUUAUCUCGUUCAUCGUUUACGUACAACCUACAGAGGAAUCUUGUCCAGGGAAUAUUGAUGGCAUUGGCUCCGGCCGUGACCACUUGAAUUCUAUGUGCCUAUCCAGUCCCCCCUACCGUCUUCCUGGAUGGGGACCGCGAGACGGACCACGUCAAUGGCUAGAGACAUUGUCAGAAAUGGCCCAGUCGCGCCCUCAAUGGCACUGGUGCAUCCAAGCUAUUGCCUUCAAUGCAUAG